AUGGCCAUAAUAAGUUGUUUGCAGGUGCAGCCCGACAAGGAGAUGACAGUGGAUGAGUUCAAAGCGUGGCUUCGCCUGUUUGACAGCGAUCACAACGGGAAAAUUAGCCGCGAAGAGCUGAAAGAAGCUCUCCACAGCCUGAAGGUUUGGUUUGGAUGGUGGAGGGCUCGUCAAGGAAUGAAGCAAGCAGAUUGCAAUAAGAGUGGCCAAAUAGACAACCCCAAAGAGUUUGAAAAGCUGGUGACCUAUGCACAGCAGCGUUUGGGCAUGAAGAUUCUUGAAAAUAAUUGUUGGUGA